AUGUUGUUCGUGUCACACUUUCUGUAUUCUCCUGUUAAUCGAGCUGGUACCACACGGAUUUGGAGAGAAUCGGGGGAUUUUUGCAGUCACGGAGAAGAAUGACACUGAAAAUCGACGGCAGUUUGAACUAGCAGACAAGUAAGAUUUCCGUCGUGGAUGCUGAAAGGUGAUUCUGUUCAGAAAGUUCAAAGAGGGUACUGUAGCAGAAGAAGAAUAUGUUUCCGCCGUGCUUCCCUUGCCCAACUUUGACCCGAAACAACUGGAAAGAGCACUACGAACUAGUAAGUGUCUGGAACUUCUUCUCUCGUCUUUGAAUUCCGACGUGUCAUUCAACUAUCCAUGUUUUGAUGAUAUGUCAAAGUCGAGUCGAAUUUCAAAAAUCCUUUCCUUACUCUCUAUCGUUAGUUUUUUCUUCUCCAUCUUCCACUCUUGUUGUUUUUGAGCAUGAAUAGAUUCGAUAUCCUUUUGAUGGCUCCUCUCAAAACGCAACGAGAAAGUGGCAUGAGGAAAUAUUCGAGGAAAACCAAACCCGGGAGAAAACAUGGAGAAGGUGCUGCCAGAUGCCCGGACACCCCCAAAAAUGCAUUACCCUAACUAGCUUUCUUUCUGCUUUUCCUUCAGCCUUUCCCUUUUUAUGACUCAAACUCAAAGAGGAAGAAGUUCAGAAAACAAACGCAAAGGAUGUCUAUUAGCAAAUUGAAUUCGAGAUUCUUCCUGUAACGAAUCAAAGAACGUAGAAGCUUUGGAAAAAAAAGAAAACAGAAGAUUUCGUUGAUAAAAAGGAACGUGUUGAUCAUUAUGAUCCCCAGGGACCAAUGAGGGUCGUCUAAUGUUUCCGGAAAGCAGAAAAAAUAAAACCGCCUCUCUAGUUCCUCAUUUUUAGAGGGUGCAAUCGACGGAACCGAAGAAGCUCUCUACCGAUCCCUAUUGGAUCGUUCCGUGUACGAACAGGACGUGCGACCAUGUCUCCAUCACUCUCAACCCACAAAUGUCACAUUCGGAUUUUUGCUCAACCAAAUCGUCGAGAUGGUGAGUGGUCACGCGUUUUCGGUGGCGCUCGCUAUAGUAAUCGUAUUAGAUGAGUGUUUUUGGUCCCUCAAGAAAUGCUCUUGCUUUCAGGACGAACGGAAUCAGGCACUCACCACAAGGAGUUGGCUCAACAUCAAUUGGAUGGACCCGAGACUCUCGUGGAAUGAGACGUUGUGGUCCGACAUCAAAGCGAUCUACAUUCCGCACAAUCGGAUUUGGAAGCCCGACAUUAUUCUGGUGAACAAGUGAGUUUCAUGUUGACGGUACUUCAAUUUUUCAUAGUUUCUACUUCCGUGUUUUCCGGGCCUUUCUUUUAAGAAGAUCUUUCAAUUUCUUCCAAAUUGUCAUCAUUAAAAAUACUCAUCGGUUCGUCAUUUUCGUUCCGGUUUCCUUUCCCGUUUUCAUUUCCAAAUGAAAACAAAAUAAUGACUUGUUUUUUUGAGCGUCUGCUGAAAACUGGAAACCCAUGUUUUCAGCCAGUCAUCCCCAGACCCCUCCACAAACAAAAAGGCGUCUCGAGCCUGCCGAGCACAUAUCAAACGUUACGUUCAUCUUUCAAUAAAUUUUUCAUUUUGGGUCCUCGCGUAGAUCCGAAAACACUGAAAGUAGAGUUGGGGGUGAAGAAAAUAAGGCAUUUACUAUUUUCCCUUUCCAUCCAAACAUGCAAAUUAGCAUCAGUUGCGCCCUCCCUCCUGAAAAUGAGCCCCGAGGCGUUCAAGCAAAGAAAAACGCGCAAAAUUUCAUUUCAAAAGUUCUCCGCUUCUGGUUAGCAUACCAAACAGAAAAUAGACACAAUUUACGGAGAAGUACAUCAGGUUUGCAUACAUUUAUCGCGAAAUCGCUCACAAAUCAGAGUACAAAGUUGGAGGGUAAAAAUUUCGAUGCAAGGGGACAUCCAUCUGAUAAAUGAUGCAAUGAUCUCUGUCGUGAAACAAUUUAUGCAUGCGCAAGUCUCAAAAGGAAUGAAAAUAAAAACGAAACGUGACGCGAUUCAUCUGUCUUCUGUUUUUGAAAAGCAUUAAUUUCGAGAUGAAACACUAAAAACUUGGCAGUUUUUACUUGAUGAUGCCUGAUGUUACUUGGAGCUCUGUGAGAAAACGUGAAAGGCGCAAAUCUCAAAUUCCGAUCAAAAGUUAUGCAAAUGUUGAAACGUUUGACAGAAAAGUGACAAAACGUCGUGGACAAAUUCAAUGAUCAAGUGUGACUGCGAAGGAAUUGGCAAACAAAGGGAGACCAUGACUAAAGUUGAAAAGUAAACUAGAGAAAAGAUUUCUGGAGGUAUGGGGAAUUGAACCCCAGCCCUCUCCCAUGCUAAGGGAGCGCUCUACCACUGAGCUAUACCCCCGCAUAUUUCGAUUCCCCUGGCGGUCAGUGAAAUGGAAGCCUCUUCGAAUACGAUUCGAUCCGACCGAAAAAAUAAAAAAACCUGUUUGCAGCGCGAUCCGCGAAUACUACGCAUCUCUGGUCUCUACAGACGUUAUGGUGACAAGUGACGGCAACGUCACAUGGCUCUUCUCCGCAUUAUUUCGCAGCUCGUGUCCCAUUCGAGUUCGCUACUAUCCUUUUGACGAUCAGGUCAGAUUACUUCAAAGAUGAAUCAUACGAGAGAAUCAACGAAUCAAAUAUCUUUGCAGCAAUGCGAUCUGAAGUUCGCCUCGUGGUCCCAUGAUAUCACGGAGAUCAACUUGGGAUUGAAUACAGAUAAGGGCGAUUUGUCGAGUUACAUGAACAACAGUGAAUUCGAUUUGGUUGACAUGACGGCCGUCCGGGAAGUGGUCAGGUUCCCAUCGGAUACCAAUAGUGAUUGGCCGACUAUUGUGAUAAGGAUUCAUAUGCACAGGAGACCACUUUUCUACGUUUUUAAUCAUGUAAAUUGUGUUUUUAAUUCGCCUAUCAUUAAAAUAUUAGCGUGUGAGACAUUUAUAUCAUCGGAUAGAGCGUGAAAAGUUUCUCAAAAUCGUUUUAAGGGCCAGAUUCAAAGACUAAGAGUAUUCUCAUUGAUGAAUUGCACGUCUUUUUGUUUCGUCGCCAUUUUGUCGCAUAACCGAAGAGUGAGGGGUUUUAGGAUAAAGUAAUCAACUAAAAUUGUUAAGCUCAAAAAUUACAAAAACUUUUCAGUUGAACACUUUUUGAAAUAAUCAUCGAAUCUGGAGAUAAAAGUGUUUAAAGAUUAUUGAUUUCUAGAGGUUUAUGUAACUUUUUUCGCUUUAUGCAAUGGUAUAAAUAGCGCAUACAAUUUUUAGUGACAGGUCUCCUUCGAUCUAUAAUAUUUCGAUUUCAGAUAGUCCCUUGCGUCCUCAUCUCUUCCAUGGCCGUCCUCGGCUUUCUGAUGCCUCCAGAAACCGGCGAGAAAAUCAACAUGAUCAUCACAACCCUCCUCUCGAUGGGUGUUUACCUCCAAUCUAUUACAGAGUCUAUUCCUCCAACCUCUGAAGGGGUUCCCCUAAUUGGUGAGUGACGUUUUGUGCUCUCCGACCAUCCUCGACCUUUCAGGCAUGUACUACGUGUCCUCAUUGUUGAUGGUUUGCCUCGCCACGUGCGUCAACGUCAUCACUUUGAAUAUGCAUAGGAAUGGAGCGGCGAAUCAGGGACGGCAUGUGCCUGCGUGGAUGCAAAAAUGGAUUCUGGGAUAUCUCGCGACAUUUAUGAGGAUGUCGAUUAGAGAACCCGAUAGUAUAGCUCUCCUGAAAUCGUCACAGGUCUCAGACUUUUUGAUUAUUAUCGAUUUUUCCCCGUUUCAGAGUAAGAAAUCAACAAUCCGACGAAGUUCGAUUCUCCGUGACUUGAAAAGGGUCAAGAACAUGUCGAAUGUGAGAGCAAAAGCAAAAGAGCAAAAUGCAAAUCAGGCAUGCGAGUGCAUGGAUCCACUUGUGGUGAGUUAAGUGAACAUUUCCUAUGCGCACUAAAAAACAGAGUGCGUCAUUCGUGAGUCACGAAAAGAGAAACGAGGAAAAGAAGAAAAUCGGUGAACAGAACGUUUUCAGCACAUUUACGCAGAAUCCAUUAUAAGCUCUCUGGUUGAUGCAAAACCAAUGAAUGGGUCGGCGAUAAGAGAAGAUUUCUCGAGCGAAAGUGCCUUUCUUGGAAGAGUGGUUAGCGAUGGGGUGAGCUGACGUCAUAGGGUCAAAAUUUCAAUUUAAAAAUAUUUUCCAGAUUAUGCCCAGAAUAACAGCGUCGUCCAAUUCGGUGUUGACGGAAUUUGAGACAAGGUUCAGAAGGAUAUUGAAAAGAGUUUAUCGGAGUCUUCAGCAGCAUGAAAUAAGAGAGGAGGUGAGAAAUAAAACGAUUUCUGGAGGUAUGGGGAAUUGAACCCCAGCCCUCUCCCAUGCUAAGGGAGCGCUCUACCACUGAGCUAUACCCCCGCGUGGUGUUAGCGCCCCGCGGGCUAGUGACAUUUUGGAUCAGCGCCGCGAAAAACACCUGCCGGCAAAGUGUUUCUCUGCUUGUGUAAUCGAACAAUUUGGUCACAAAAACUUUGUUCAGAUUCUCGACGAGCGAUCGCGAAUCCAAUGGCAAUGGCAGCAACUCGCUUCCGUCGUGGAUCGACUCCUUCUCUGUCUUUUCUGCACAGCAACCCUCUUCACAAUCAUCUGCCUCCUACUUGUACCUGUAGCUUGUCGUGAUAAUGAUUCUAUUUUUUCGUUUCUCAAUUUUUUCUAAAUUUCUCUGCUUUACCUUAUCAUCAAUCUGUUACUUUUUUUUAUAAAUGAAUUUUGUGUAUCGGAAGAUAGAAAUUAGGAGAAGAAGAAGAGAUAAGAAAGAUGAUCAUGCUGGUUGGUUGGUGGGCGCGGAGUUUUUUUUGGUUUUGGCGAUGUGCGUCUGGGAAGGAAUACUUGAUACCCAGGACUACUUUUUCUACUGCAUCUCGCUUCCUAUAAAAGCCUUCGUUCUGGCUGGGAACAUCAUCAGCGUCUUCCGACGAUGACGUUCGCUCUUACAGUAGCCUGCGUGACAAGCGUGAUUGUCAUCACUGCUUCCCUCUGCUCUGUCCUUGUGAUUGUCACUGACAUUAACAAGUUGAGCAAUGAAAUCUCUGUUGGAAUGGAGAACUUCAAGGUGAGCGUCUCUUUUCUUGUAGACACACUUAUCAUUUGUUACAGGAUGUUUCGGAUGUGACUUGGGGAAACAUUAUGGCUCUUCAUGGAGGUGCCCGCCAACAAUCCGCCUCCGCUGAUCGUGAAAUUAGAAAGAUGAUGGGAAUCAACCUUCGUAACAAGAGACACUCCGGUAGCUGCCAGUGCGAGGCCCGUGCUGCUGGAUGUCCGGCCGGAGCACCAGGAGAGAAGGGAGUCCCAGGACUUGCUGGACUUCCAGGACCAGACGGAGAGGAUGGAAAGGACGGAGCGCCAGGAGUUGCUCUUCUUGUCACCCAUGACAUUCCCGGCGGAUGCAUCAAGUGCCCAGCCGGACCACGUGGACCACGCGGAGACGCCGGACCACCAGGGCCACCAGGAAACGGAGGACGCCCAGGACAACGCGGUGGCGCUGGAGAGCCAGGAACCCCGGGACCAAUCGGAGAGCCAGGAGAGACCGGACCACAGGGAGCCCAAGGAAGACCAGGACAGCGUGGAGAGAGCGGACAGCCAGGAACCACUUACACCCAAGGACUUCCAGGACGUCCAGGACCACAGGGACCACGUGGACCAGCCGGAGAGCCAGGAAAAGACGGAGGACCGGGAAAUGCCGGAGAGGAAGGACGUCCGGGACACGCGGGAAAGAACGGAAGACCAGGAGCGCAUGGAAAAGACGGGGCGCCAGGAAAGUGCGGAAAGGAAGGACCAAUCGGACCAGACGCCGGGUACUGUCAGUGCCCGACUCGUUCCAACUAA